GUGUGUCCUUAGCCCUCGCCUGUCGCGGUCUACUCCGUCUAUUGUAAAAAUUUUGCGCAGCGAAUUUUUAAAUACUUAUCAAUGUUUAAUUAUCAAGUUGACUACGCUAAAUCGGCGAGAUCAAAAUGUAAAGUAUGCAAAGAUAAUAUUACCCAAGGUGAAUUACGUAUCGGAAUUCUAAUAAAGGUAAGAAAAAAUGAGGCAUGGACACGGAUAGGUAUAAGCCGUAGCCAAAAAUAUUAUUUUGUAAUAAACACGUGACUAAUUUGAGUAAAUAAUAUACUUUCAUUUGAGUAAGUUAGAUUCAGGAUCUAGAUAAGAGUCGUAAGACGUAAGGAACCGACACCCACCAUAAACAGCACGAAGUUAAAACUCGUUUAACAGAAAAAGUCCGCAGAGAGGCGCUAGUUUCUACAUGAUUUAGUUUUUUUUCCUUAAUAGACUUUAGAGUUUAGGUCUUAAAAAUCUAUCGGCCAUUUUUCGUGAGUUUGAUUAUAAUUGAUCGAUAUCAAUUAUGAAAGAUAUGAUAGAUAUGAAUUAUAAAUACAUUCAAGUAUUAAUGGAUAAAUAGCUGUUUUAGUACAAUAGUAUCUACGACCUUAAAUUUAGGGGGCAAACCCCCAAGUUGCAAUCACUGGUUAUGCGUACUGCACAAUGCUCAAUGGGUAUGCAUACUUAGUUAACUUUAAUGUUUACAUUUUACAACUGCAUAUAUAAAUGUUUAUGAUAGGUUAGGCAUGCCGCUAAGUAGUUUGAGCCAUCGUUAUGUUCCAUUAUUUUAAAUAUAUUUUUUUUUAGCCACGAGAAUCUUAUAUUAUAACAUUAUGGUGCCAUGAAAGAUGUUUCUUUAGGAAUGGAAAGCGUUUAUUAACAAUGCAAAAAUUUAAAGAUUAUAACAAACUUAAAUAUGAUGACCAACUGAGAAUAAAAGAAAAUCUAGUUGAUCCAUCAGAAUCUUUUCUUGCUCCUGUUUUUGACAUGUUAGGCCUGGUACUUAAUGAAAGAGAUAAAGCCAUUCUCUCUGAAUAUGGUGUAGAAGAGAGUAACAAUUUUAGAGCCCUGUGCAGAAUCUGCAAACUUAAAAUUGUAAAGAAAGAGUUGCGGAUUUAUAAAAUUCAAUAUGAGGAAAAACAUGGUGAAAUUAAUCAUAUCUAUCAUUUGCAAUGUUUUUCAAAUAACAGGAAUGAAUUCAAUUUUCCAGUUUAUUUAAGUGGUGAAUUUUUGCCUGGCUUUGACAUUUUAACAAAUAUAAAUCAAGAAAUUGUCAAAAGUUAUAUUAGGCAAGAUUACAUAGGCGCACCUCAUACAGAGUUUGGACCGUCCUCAUCGAAGUGUACCGAGUUUGGUGAGCAAAUUAAACAUGAAGAUGAACAAAUUAAAGAAAAUAUAGAAGAAAAGACUGCCAUUGAUGUAAACGAGAUUAAGACUGAAACAUUGUUUCAAUUAGAAAGUGAGUCUGUGAGGGUACAAAGCGACCUGUUUCACAAAUACAAAUCUUGUUUGAGAACUUUAUCGAAAAAAGAUUUAAAGAUCAUAUGUAAACGGAAUAACCUUUACAUGUUUAAAGGAACAGAAGAGCCUCUAGAUCUGUUAGCGGACUGCAUGGUCUUCGGAGCUCUACAACCGUGCCCCAAAUGUAACGGACAACUUAAGUUAACUACGUUCCGCUAUGAAUGUUCAGGUUUCAUUAGUGAAUACUGUCGGUGCACAUAUACGACAAAAUCCCCGCAGAGGGUUUUUCUGACUGUACCCGACGAGUUAAAGCAUUACUCUGCUCUCAAAAAUUACCAACCCAAUAUCGGCGUAAGGAUCUUUACCGAUGAACCUUCGGACGACUUCCAACCUUCCCCUGCGAAACGAAUUAAAAUAGAGGUGACGGAGACGCCGCUCAAGAACGUUCUGUUUUAUAUUCACAUCUCCAAUAAAGAAGACAGAGCGACGGUAAAAGGUCGCGUGUUAAAGUUGGGCGGGUGCAUCGCCCCCAAACUGGUUGAGACCGUGGCGGCCGUCAUCGCCGCUAAAGAGGAUUAUCAAAAAAAAACUACCCUCACCAAGAAAAUGAAGUUGGACGGCUAUCACAUAGUGCAAGUGACGUUUCUCGAUGAAGUAGAAUCACUAAAGAAUUCUCUCUCCGUCCUCGAGUCUAUCAAGCUUAUAGAAGAGAAUAACAUUUCCGAGUUCGCUUUAGAUAUCUACUCGCGUGUGCCCAGACAGGUCUUAGAAGGAGAGCCGGUUCGAGUCUCCGGAGGUGUUUACAUUCUUAAGUCGGAUCAACCUCAUAUAUCCACCCUGAAAGUCAAAGAUGGCAUCCCGUUGGUGAUGGGAACCGGCAUGGAGCGUUGGUCCCACGUGUAUCGCGAGAAUGGCGAGCCGUACUCGGCCACGCUGAACCGCGUCUACAUCGACGCCAGUCACGGAGCCAACACGAGCUACACUAUGCAGCUCUUGGUCGCCGAUACUAAGAAAAAAUAUUGCGUGGUGACCACCUGCGGACCAACAGGCUCCGAACCGAAGCUCUAUAAGAAAAAAUUUUAUGAUUUGGGAAAGGCGAAAGCUUCCUUCAAGGAAGUGUUUAAAAAUAAAACUGGGAACAGCUGGAACCAGAGACCCAAUUUUCAAAAGAAAUGUGGCAAGUUUGAUCUGAUUAAAAUGGCCGAUUUGUCCGAAAGAGAGCCCGAGCAGCUGUGCCUCGUUUGGAAAAGCGAACAUCCGCGCGCCGUGCAAGAGUUGGUGAUAUUGCUGUUCGACAUUAACAUCAUGAACAAGACUAUCGCCGACAUGGACAUCGACACCGACAAAAUGCCGUUGGGUGUUCCGUCGCAGGAGCAGAUCUCAUCCGGCUUCCGCAUAUUGGGCGCUCUGUACGACGUCGUUAGCGAAGGGCGGGAAGAAUAUAUGAGGAUAGAAGAAUUGUCCACUAGAUUUUAUACCAAAAUACCGCACAAAGGCAACUUCAAGGAGUUGCUAUUACUCGAUAAUAUGGAUUUGAUUAAGUCGAAGAUGCACAUGCUCGACGAUCUUUCUAAGACCCACGUUUCUUAUAAAAUAUUGUACGAAGAGAUGGAUGUAAAAAUUGACCUCGUGGCAGAUAAUUACUUGAAGCUGAAGACCGAAAUUGUGCCUCUGGAUUCGGAUUCCCUGGAAUACGGCACGAUCAUAAAGUACUUGACGAACACUCAGUCCUCGAACCAUAACUUUAAAAUAAAGGUCGACCAGGUGAGAUCGCUACGGUCUGCGAAUCGAUUCUAA